AUGGAGGCGUCGGCUGGAGAAGAAGCUCUGCUAACGCCGCGGCUGCUGCGAGAARCGGCGAAGAGUCUCGGCGARACGGCUGCUUCGAGAAUCAGCGGAUCCGACGAAGAAGAAGAAGCCGGAGCUUCUGACYAAGCGGCUYGUGCGAGGAUCGGCGGCGGCUGCUGCGAGAACCGGRGAAGAGGUUCGGCGACUCGGCUGCUUCGAGAUUCAUCGACGGCGGCGAUUCAUCARCGAAGAAGAGAAGAAGCCAGCGAUUCCGGCAAAUGA